AUGUUAAUAAUCACACCAUUAGACGACUACUGGAGCCGUAUAGAGGACCCCCGAAUCAAGGACUACCCGGUCUAUAGCGGACCCAUUUGGAAGAUUUUAUCCAUACUGAGCGCCUACCUAUUGGUCGUCAAAGUCCUCCUACCACGAUAUAUGCGGCACCGGCAGCCCUACCAUCUCACUGGCUUUACACUGGUCUACAACACACUAAUGGUGGCGCUCAAUGUCUACAUAUUCCGCAAAUGUGUAACAUUUCUAGAUUCUGGCAGAAUAUUCCUGGAGUUUGACUUUCCCGACCGCACCGACACUUCCAGUCAUUCAAAUGACUUUAUACAAUUCAUAUGGAUAUUCAGUAUGUCCAAGUUUGUGUCGUUCACGGACGCCGUCAUAUUAAAUUUGCGCAAAAAGACCAGGAACAUCACUUUCCUACACCUCUAUCACCACACGGUUCUGCCCAUAAUAUGCUGGCUGUCCAUGAAACACAACGCGUCCAUACCUAUCAUAAGACUGUUUAUUAUUGUGUGGCGAACCCUCCUGUUCCUCAUAUUAGUGCACAUCAUAGGAAUCUAUGGAUGGUUUUGUCAGUUCAGAAGCAUUCAACUCAAGACAUACAUCUGGACGUACGUCAUGUACUUUCUAUCGGGUUUGGGUAUACUAUUAGGCGCCCACAGACUAUGGACCCACCGGUCAUUCAAAGCCCACCCGACCGUAAAGACAGUCCUAAUGUUAUUAGAGUCGAGUGCUAUGCAGAGGAGUGUCUAUGUGUGGAGUCGUGACCACCGAAUACAUCACAAGUUUUCCGAGACGGACGCCGACCCCCACAACUCAAAUCGGGGCCUAUUUUUCGCACAUAUCGGCUGGUUGUUAGUCCAGAAGCACCCGAAGUUCAUUGAGAAGCGCAAUGAGAUCGAUAUCAAUGACCUUAAAGCCGAUCCCAUAGUUAUGUUUCAGAAAAGGCACAUGGCACUUUUGUCUCUAGUGUGUGGCAUAAUAGUUCCCGUGAUCGUACCCAUGUUAUUAUGGGACGAGAGUUUCAUUAAUGCAUUCAUAGCUAAUACACUGCGAUAUCUCUAUGCACUUCACUCCACAUUUUUAGUCAAUUCUGCGGCACAUAUGUAUGGAAUCAGGCCAUACGACGAGCUAAUAGAGCCCCGGGAAAGUAACUUUGCCAUAUAUUUUACAUUUGGAGAGGGUUAUCAUAACUUCCAUCAC